AUGGCGUUGAUUCCUGGGUGUCACUUGUCGACGUCCAAGAGCCUCGACCGCCUAAGGGCGCUGAGCAAUAAGAACUCAUCGAAGCGCUGGGUCAGGCUGGUCAGCGCAUCGACGACCGCAUGUGAAGACGAAGACUUCGGGUCCAUGAUGGGUGAAUUCAGCGAGUCGGAUGAUGACGAGGACCUCGAGCCCAGCUGGUCGGCUGAUGACGAGGACCUCGAGCCCAAUUGGUCGGCUGAUGUCGAGGCCCUCGAGCCCGACGCGGCGGAUGAUGGCGAGGCCCUCGAGCCCGACGCGGCGGACCGCUGCGAUACCUCGCCGCUCGACAGCCUGCUGCGGAGGACACGGCGCUGCUCCGCCGCCCUGCGGGGGACGACCGACGGCCUCGCCCUCGGGCAGGGGGCGACCGGGGCCUGGGAGCCCGGCGCGGUGGACCGCCGCGGGCCCGGCUCGCCACUCGGAGAGAUGCUGCUGGCGGCGAAGCGCCGGAGCGCUUUCGCCUGCGGCUUCGGGCCUCUGCGUGAGACGCGCGCGGCAGACUCGCCCUUCUGCGGCACGUGCAGCCGCGGGCGCGUCGCGGGAGCACCCUUGCCCGAGGCGUCGGGCCUCUCGCCGUGA